AAAUCACUACUACACCAAACCAUAUGGCUUCAGCUAUCUUCAAUCCUCCAUAUAUAUCUAACCCCCCUUCACCUAAAAAUCUUAAAAAAUCCCAAAUUUUUGCUUCCUCAUCAAUUUCACAUAUUUCAUGCCUUAAAAACCCAUCUAUUCAUCUGGGUUUAUCUCCAUUUUCUCAUUGGAGUGGUCUCAAGAAACAUGGGUUUUCAAUUUCACUACAAUCUUUGAAACUAGAAAAGAGAAAGAAAUGUAAAGGGAAGAAUGGUGUUUUUGCAUCUUUAUUUGGAGUUGGGGCUCCAGAAGCUUUAGUUAUCGGAGUGGUGGCCUUGUUGGUUUUCGGGCCUAAAGGUCUUGCAGAGGUUGCCAAGAAUUUGGGAAAAACUUUGCGUGAAUUUCAGCCAACAAUCAGAGAACUUCAGGAAGUUUCAAGGGAAUUCAAGAGCACCCUUGAAAAAGAGAUUGGUCUCGAUGAGCUAAAUAAUCCAGUUCAAGGGAAUUACACUUCCAACACUGUUAGACCGUCCUCAACCCAGGUUCCUCCUGAUACCCAACAGAAUUCCCAGUUAACAGUAAUCCCGCCUGCUGCCACCACAGAAGACUCUCAAGUCACUUCAACGACGCCUACUGGUAGCCCAGAGGACCCUCAGGAAACAGCAACAAGUUCUGCUGUCACCCCAGAGGAUAAUCAGGAAAUAGCAACGACUUCUGCUGUCACCUCAGAGGAUACUCAGGAAACUACAGCAACAUCAGCUGUUACCGUAGAGGAUUCUCAGACUACAGUUGACACUUCAAAUGGGUCUCCUGACACCAAGUUUUAUACGAGCGAAGACCUCUUGAAGAUCACAGAAGAGCAGCUGAAAGCACUUGCUUCACAACAGCAAGAAGAGCAGUCCUCAUCUCCUACAACUUCCGAGAAACCCAAUAGUGACAUUUGAAAUUUGGAAGGAAAGACCAGUUUUGAUCGGAAGAUUUCAAUGAGGUACUUGACCUUGUAGCAUCAACUGAGCUCUGCAAUUCUUAGGUUGUGAGUUCGAGCGUCUUUAGAUGUGUGGGUUUUAGCUUAUCCGCUGUCUAAAGAAACAAGGUAGGAAGUUAGGUAAAAACCUGUGUAAGAUUUGUUUGGUGUAAACCAGCACAAUGUUGUACAUUUACCUGAAUCUUAUAGUUCAUGUCAUAUAAGUAUAUAUGUAAGUUGUAUUUCCACUUCUGUAA